AUGUCCAGUCAUCUCCGUCUACCUCAUGCUCUGCUAGACUUCACCCUUACUCGUGCGACGGCACGUUUACACGCUCUGAACGGCAAGUCUGUGGCUGUUAACCCUUGGAGACGGCAUGGACAUUCAGCAGUAGCAAGAGUCUCUGACGACUCGUAUUAUCCCGCGCGAAGUGAAAAUAUAGAGGACCGAUCUCUUUAUGCCAGGAGAAAGACCUCGCACAAGGAAUCGGCCAUCGUGCCGCAGAAGCCGUCCUUAGCCAAGGGAUCUUUGACCGAGCUGGAAAAAAGGGUGCUCAAAUUGGAGACGAUGCUUGAAUCUGAGGAAGCUCUGGUAGAGAUACCCACCUACACCGAGUCACAAUUGCUCGAAAUCUACGAAGACCUGCUUGCCUUACCACCUGAAGAUACAUAUAGCACGAAACAGGCUGCGCUCGUCGAUGAACGUGCUCAAGAGCAAGAGGACGUCUCGCUGAUGCGGGAUGUCGUAGGACGCCUGCUCGAAACGUCGGAACAAGAAUCGCCUACAUCAGACUCUCAAGGCCAGUACAGCGCAGUCAUAUCCCGCCUGCAGGAGAUAGCAGAUGAUAUGGGCACCGUUCGCAUCAUACCCAGUGAAUCGUCACCUGCGCGGCAAGACAUACCAACCGGAAUCCUGACGAACGAUGAGUGGUCCGCUCUGACUCGUACAUGUGUCAGAGCCCAGGACGGCCAGGCCGCUGAGACAGUGCUGCAGCUGAUGAAGCGUGCUGGUUCACCAGUCCCGGAAGACAACGUCAACGAAGCCCUGGCGCUAUAUGCUAGCGCCGGCGACGUCCCGAACACGGAGCGAUUCCUGCACACCUUCAUCAUUGGCUCAUUGAGCGAUCGGCAACGCGACCUGCAUGUCAAAUCCCGGCUCAAGGCUUCGCCGCCGGACGUCAUGCCUACCGAGGCUCUCUCGCUCCUGCACGCGUAUGAAGAGCGCGGGACUUCCGCCCCGCAAAAAUCCUACACACGCGUGAUCGUCGCCCUACUCCAGAGUCGCAGCGCUUCCUCGCAUGCCUAUGCGUACGCGUGGGACUUGUUCGCGCACAUGCGCUAUGCGGCGCAUCCGACGCCCGACGCGGCCCUGUACACGCUCAUGAUCAGCGCGUGCGGCACACCGAACGGGCCGUCGCAGCCCGAGCGCGCACUCGACCUCUGGACGGAGAUGACUGUGGACCAGGGCAUCCCUCCCACCGCGCGCGCGUACUCGGCCGUGAUCCAAGCGUGCGCUCGCUCAGGCCAGAAGCAAUUCGUGCACGAAGCGUUCCGUCUCGCCAAGGAGAUGCUCGACGCUGAUCGCGAUGCGCGUGGUCGUGCCGCGUUCCAUCCGAAUGGUCAGCUAUUCCGCGCGCUGCUGGAGGGUGCGAAGCGUGUCGGAGACCUCGUGCGCGUUCGCUGGAUACUUGCGGAGAUGGUUCGGGAUAGCGCGGAAGGGGACCUGAACGAAGUCAUCAUGACGCAUGUCUUCCACACGUAUGCGGCGUACAAGCCGCCGUUCAGGCGGGCUGCCACAGUGAUCCUCGACAAGAAGAAGGCGCUCACCCCAUCCGGCGAAAAGUCUGAGAAGGCAUCCAGCAUAUAUGAGGAAAACGAUACGGGACAGGCAGUAGCGGGUUCACCGGCUGGCACCCUCGGGCCGGAGUAUGAUGACGUAUUGGCCAGUCUUCCGGUUGAGUCGUCCAAAAGCAGUUUCGCGCACAUCCCGCCGCAGAGCAAGGCCGAAGUCAUCCGCGAGGCUCGGAUUCUCUUCUCGCGGAUCGUAGAAGAUAGCGAUAUCUCGCACCAGAAGCGCGAGGAAGAAUUUGCGGAUCCAGAUGUUGCGUCACUCCCGAGGAAGUUCCGGCACGUCCAGCUCACACCUCGGUUGCUCAAUGCAUAUCUCUCCGUAGAAAACACGCAUGCGCCGUUCGAGGACUGGAGCAAGCUGUAUCGUACACUGUUCACGGAGCUUCACUUGCCCUGGAGCGCUCACACGUACAUCGAGGCGCUCGAGCGAUGCACGCGCUCAGGGGGGCAAGAGCGGCGCAUGGUGAUCAAGUGGGCGGAGGACGUAUGGUCGGAAUGGCAGGAAGUCGAGGACCGCUGGAGAUCGGGAAAGGUGAGCGAAGGGGACGCCUCGCAGACUGUCAACGCAAGACUCGUUGAGAGGGCGAAUAUCGCCAUGAUCAGGCUGCGUGCUACCUCGCGGGACACCGGCCGUGCUCUUGAUCUCGUCAAAACCUUCGCUGAGCACUACCCACCAGAUGCCGGGCAAGGCCUCUUGUCCGGCUCACUAGUACUAUGGAAAUCCCCGACGACACUGUCCCACCACUUCUCUCCUUCGCCGAUCUAG